AGAUCUACUAGCUUCAACUUUAGAAAAAAUGGGAAAGAACGAUGAUUUUGUAAUGACGAUCGAGGACGAUCAAGAUAUUGUAGUCGAUGAACCCAUGGAGGAAAUUGAAGAGGAUAAGCCCGUUGUCAAGAAGCCCAUGGACAAAAAAGAGGCUAAAAAGAUGAGAAAACUCGCUAACCGUGAAAAGAGACAAGGUCUCCAAGCUACCAUUAAGGCCGACGUCGAAAAGAAGAAGAAGGCUGAAAAAGAUAGCGCUUUUGAUGACCAAUUCACUUUCUCCAUGGACGGUGGAAGUGGCGCCAAGCCUAAAGAUUGGGAUUUUACUGCUGCUCGUGGUAUGUUAAAGGGCAAACAGGGUGAUGCCGAUAGAACUUCAAUUGAUGAUAUUAUCGCCAAAAAGAGACAAGAAAAUAAAGAUAAGAAGAAGAAGUCUAAAGUAGUCGAAGUCGAACAAGAAGAGGAAGAGGAGGCAGAGGAUGAGACCUCUGAAUUUGUCGGUGCCGCUUCAGAUGAUGACGAGGAGGAAGAGGAAGAAAAGACUGCUGAGAACGACGAAGAUUUAGCUCUUGACGGUUUCGGCGCUGGUGCUGAAAGAAUCGAACAAAUCGAAGAAGAGGAUGAAGAGGAUUCAGACAGUGAUACCGAAGAAGAUCUUACAGACGGUGAAGCUGAGGAUAUUCAACAAGGCAGCGAUGAAGAAGUUGUCGAAGAUGAAGCUGAGAAGCAGCGUAAGAAGGAAUAUUUCGCUGAUGAAGAAGAGGAGGAUAAAAAGGAACAUCAAUCUUUUGCCUCCAUGAACCUCUCUCGUCCUAUUCUCAAGGGUUUGUCUAACGUUGGCUUUGUAAAGCCUACUGACAUUCAAUCCCGUACUAUUCCUAUUUCUCUUAUGGGUAAGGAUAUUUGUGGUGGUGCCGUGACAGGUUCUGGUAAAACUGCUGCCUUCAUUGUACCUAUUUUGGAACGUCUUUUAUACAGACCCAGACAAACCCCCUCUACUCGUGUCCUCAUUCUCUGUCCUACGCGUGAAUUGGCUGCUCAGGUUCACAGUGUCGCCGUCAAGUUGGCAAAUUAUACCGAUAUCACAUUUGCUCUCUGUGUUGGUGGUUUAAGUGUAAAGACCCAAGAACAAGAAUUAAAGUUAAAGCCUGAUGUGGUUGUUGCUACUCCCGGUCGUUUGAUUGAUCAUGUGCGUAACUCUUCUGGUUUCCAUCUUGAUGCUUGUGAAAUUUUAGUGAUGGAUGAAGCUGAUCGUAUGCUCGAAGAUGGUUUUGCUGAUGAAUUGGGUGAGAUUAUCAAGGCUUGUCCCAGAGGAAGACAAACCAUGCUUUUCUCUGCCACCAUGACAGAUAACGUGGAUCAAUUGGUUCGUAUGUCCUUAAAUAACCCUGUUCGUUUGUUUGUCGAUCCUAGCAAUCAAGCCGCUUCUCGUCUUAUUCAAGAGUUUGUCCGUAUUCGUCAAACGCGUGAAUCCGAUCGUGCUGCUGUUUUAUUGGCUUUAUGUAGAAAGACUUUCAAGGAAAAGGUCAUUGUGUUUUUCAGAUCAAAGGCUGCUGCUCAUCAAAUGAAGAUUUUGUUUGGUUUGAUGGGACUCUCUGCUGCUGAAUUACAUGGUAAUCUUACUCAGGAACAACGUUUGGAAGCCUUGGAAAGAUUCAGAGAUAACGAAGUGGAUUAUUUGCUUGCUACCGAUUUAGCUGCGAGAGGUCUCGAUAUUAAGGGUAUUGAAACCGUCAUCAAUUACAACAUGCCUACACAAUUUGCCCAAUAUCUUCAUCGUGUUGGUCGUACUGCUCGUGCUGGUCGUAAUGGUCGUUCAGUCACCUUGGUUGGUGAAUCCGAUCGUAAAAUGUUAAAGAUGGCCAUCAAGUCUUCAGUUGGUGCACAAGUCAAAAAUCGCGUGGUUAAUCACGAAGUUGUUCAAAGAUAUAAGCAAAAAGUCGAAAGUUUAGGGCCUCAAAUCAAGGAAGUUUUAGCUGAAGAAAAGCAAGAGCGUGCUAUUAGAAAUGCCGAGAUGCAACUUAAAAAGAGUGAGAAUAUGCUUCAUCAUGGUGCCGAGAUCUAUGCUCGACCUGCCAGAACUUGGUUCCAAACCGAGACCGAAAAGCGUAACUCUUCUGAGGCCAUCAAGAACAAAUCCGGAGCAAAAGAUACCAAACCUACCGAACCUGCAAAGCCUCAAGAGAAGCGUGGUAAAUAUGAUGGUAUGAGUCGUCAAAAGAGAAGACGUAUGCAGGCCAUGGAAGAUAGUGAUGCUGAAGAUGAUGGUCGUGGACAAAAGUUUGCUGCCAGAGCAGCCAAGAAAUCCUCACAACCAACUCGAAUUACAAAGAUGAGAGCACCAAAGGCUGGUGGAAAGAAGGGCAAAAAAUAAAGA